AUGAAUCAAUAAGGUACUAAUCUCUUUAUACUUAUUGUUUUUGGUCUGCUAAAGUAAUAAUCAUUUUAAUAAGAGAUUAUGCUUAUCUGAUUGCGGAUACUUAAAAACUGGAUCUACUUUACUCAGUUUAACUGACCCUUAAUAAUAACUAGACAUCAAUUUAGAUAAUAUAGUGUUAUUAGGCACUUCAAACAUUGGUUAUGGGUUAUGGAUAAAGUAUUAGCCUUUUGUACCUAUUUCUUAGAUUAGUAUGAUUUUGAAUUGAUUAAUUAGCGACUUCAAGUUCAUCUACAGGUGGUAUUAUAUUCAAAGAGCCUGUAGAAUCAGGAUUUUUUAUAUAUAUGUAAUAAUAAAAGGAUACAAAAUUUAAUAUGUUAACUGUUUAUAUUACAAUUACACCGACAACUAAUAAAAUAAUGCAUAAUAUAUUUUAUUCAUUUUAAUCAACAACAGGGACUAUUUCUUUCAAUUUUGAAUUUGAUGAAUAUGAAGGAAGAUGGAUUUUAUUUUAUGUAUAUUAUGAUCUUUUGUAAAAAUAAACAACAGUAGGUUUUUAUUAAGCAGAAUAAACUGUAUCAACAAAAACAUAGUAAUUAUAAGACAUCCCUUCUUUAGUAAAAUAUGUUAGACAUAUAAUUGGUGGAGUAUAAGAAAUAAAAAAUUAAUUAGGAGAGAUUUUGAGUUUGUAAUAAUUUAAAGGAAGAAUAUCAACAUUAUUUAGCAAAGAGCAAUUAAAUAUAUUUUUAGAUUUAAAUUAAUUUUUAUCAACUUGUGAGAUAGUUCCAUCUUGUUUAAUAAAAACAUAUUUGUUAUCAGGGUAUAAUUAAGUAUUUACUGGAAAUCGAUUCACAAAUAAUAGUACAAGUCAAUUAGAAUAUCAAAGUUAUGUUAUUUAAGGUUGGAUUAAAAUGGAAUUUUUAAGUGAUGAUUAUUAUCUUGAAACAGUUAUAUUAAGAAUUUCAAUAAAUAGUAAUUAUAAUGAUGAUAUGACAAUUGGAGAUAAAGAAUUAUAUUUAAAGUAUUAUUAAAGUAUUGUACCUACUUAAAAUGGUUUUUCAAUAACAACCUACACAUACAAUUUUCCAGUAGAAACAAAAUAAUAGAGUUCAGGCACUGAUAUCAUAACGGUAACAGGACCAUAAUACUAAAAUCUGUUAAUUGAUUGGCAUUAUAUAUAAUAUGAGAUUGGAACAAAUAAUAAUAAUGGAUAACCUUUAUUUUCAAUAUAUUUUCCAUCUUUAGAUAAAGUAUUUGAAUAUAAAUGGACUGUACCUAUAAAUCAUUUUACUGGAACUAUUCUAUAUUAUUUUGUUGGAGGUGACAAUUUUAUUAAAAAUUAUCUAAUUGGAUAAUUAAGUGAUUUAACUUUGAUUACUUAUUGUACAACACCAACAAUAACGUUAAAUCCUAAAUGUCAUUAUUCUUGUAAUACAUGUGAUGGUCCUGGUAUAUCUAAUUGUUUAUCAUGUCCAAUCAACAGUUUUAGAGUUCAAUCUAUUACUUAAAAGACAUGUACUUGUAAAAAUAAAUAUGUUGAUAUUGAAAAUGAUCCAAUAUGUUAACCAGUUGUUGUUAAAUUUCCUUAACUUGAAGAAGAUGAAAUUUAAGUUUUAUGUAACAAAAGAUGUUUUGAUAGUUGUGAUAAUAAUAUAUAAAAAUGUCUUUUCGGUCAUUUUUUAUAUAGAGAUAAUUGCAUAUAAUGGUAUUUAUAAUAAAUAAAUAAGUCCUGGUUAUUAAUUGUAUAGUACAAGAUAUUAGAUCUUUUGUUCAAAUUGUUUUUUUGAUUCUGUAAGUUUUGCUUAGAAUUUAUAAUGUUUAGAAGAUACCAAUACUUAUUUAUAUGAUGAAGAUAAUUCAUAUUUCACCAUUUAAAGACAGAAUAGAGAAAUUGAGUUUUAUAUAGCUAAUUAAAAUUUAGAAGGUUAGUAUGAAUUGACAUUAUAAUAUGGAUUUGUAUAAUCUGGUACAUGCAAAUAAGGAUUUUUUUUGGAUUCUAAUAAAUAAUGCAGUGCUUGUUUAGAUGGUUGUGAAACUUGUGUUAAAAAAGGAAUUUGUUAAAAGUGUUUUUCAAAUUAUGCUUUAACAGAUGAUUAUCUAUGUUAAUAAUGUUUAAGUUGUAGUGAUUGUACAUUCUAUAAUAAAAAUACACAUUGUAGAUCUUGCAAAACUGGAACAUAUUUAAAUUCUGAAGGAUUAUGUUAAUCUUGUGGAUAAUAUUGUGCUAGUUGUAACAACUAAGGUUAAUGUAAUUAUUGUGAUAAUCCUAUUACAUAUUUCUUAUCAUUUGAUGGUAAAAAUUGUGAAAUUUGCACUAUUCCUAAUUGCUAAAUUUGUUAUCAUUAUUUUAUUAAAAAUGAUAUAACACAUACAAAAUUUGAUAUAAAUACAUCUAUAAUUGAUAUGGCUGAAUCUUAAUUAUUUAUUGGUUGUGCACUCUGUCAAUAAAACUAUUACUAUAAUUUAAUUACAUUAUAAUGUGAAAUAGCACCUUUAAUCUCUGGAAAUGGUUCUACUAAUCCUAGUGAUCCUGCUCCUCCUAAUGAUUAAAAUGAUAAGAUUAAUGAAGUAUCAACUGAUUCAUGCACUUUUGGUCUAAUAAUAGAUUCUUUAGGUACAAGUCAUUGUUUAAUAAGUUAAUACAGUGUAACUUCAACUCAAAAUAUCUUUUGCUCAAUAAUUAUUAAUUGUUAAUAGUGUAUAUCUAAUUAUCUUUCUGCCAGUACAUUUUGUAUAGUAUGUGUUGAUGGAUAUUAUUCAAGUAUUUUAACUGGUAGAUGCAUUUAAUGUGAAUAAAAUUGUAAAACAUGUAUACAAUAAAAUAAAGAAUACUAAGACUUUUGGAAAUGGGGAAUUAAAGCUUAUUAUAAAUAUGUUUUUAAUUAAGAUGACUCUCAUCCUUUUGAAUAAUAUGCAACAUCAACUUUUGAAUCAGAUUUUGAAUUGAUUUGUACAUCAUGUCCUAAAGGAUAUAUUCUUUAUGAAUUCACUUGUAUUAAAGAUUGUAAUGAAGAUUGUACAGAAUGUAACAUAAUUAAUGGAAUUUCAAUAUGCACUUAAUGCUUAGAAACUCCAUAUGGAUAUUUAAAGAGUCAAGAUUCUAAAGGGAUAUGUCUAACUUGUCCAAAUUAUUGUGCUGCUUGUUUAGAGAGAUCAACAGAAGAAAUUCAAAAUAUUAAUCCCUAUUUUAUUAUUACAUAGAAUAAUAUUAAAUAUACAAGAAUUUGUUAUGAAGAAUUUCAAUAAGAUACUACUGAAGGUUCAUACUACAAUGAUUAAAAUAUCUAAACAAUAACAUUUUGUGAAAAAUAUGAUAAAUGUUAUCAUAAAGCUAUACUUAAAUAAAAUGUGUAUUGUUAAUAAAGUUUAUAUAAUUCUGAUUUAUAGUAGAGUACAGAUUAAUAAGUGUUUUUAUAAAACAACAUAUUUAUAGAUGUACUUUUUGAAAUUGGAUAUUUAAGAAUAGUAGAAUCUUCAAGUUUAUAUACUUAUUUUAAUGAAAAAGUAAUCAGAGAGGUUGAAUUUUAAUUUAGAUUUAUCUCACAAAAUGGAUUAUCAUGUUAUAUUUAAUAAGAUUCUAAAUUAUUAAAUAUAAUAUAACAAAAUGUAUUUUCCAUUUAGUAAGUUAAUUUAAAACUUAUUGGUGAUAAAUAUCCUACUACUAUAAUAAUAGAUAAAAUUUUAUAAAUAAAAAAUUUUGGAUCUAUUACAUUUGAAAAUAUAUAAUUUCAAACUGCUAUUUAAGAUAACAAUAAUUCUUAAUAAUCUCAUAUUGUUUUGAUAAAUACUUAAUUAAAAAUGAACUUAAUCAUAAAUGAUUGCAUAUUUACUACAACUAAUUCAACUCAAUAAUUGAAGCAAUUCUAAUUUAUUUCUGAUUAAGGAUAUUCAUUAAAUAUUGAAAAUCUUAUCAUUAGAGACUUUAAAGUUUAAGAUUCAUAAGUAUUUUAAUUUUAAAUUUCUUCAGGUUUUGAAUAAAAAGUUAUAAUAUCAAGAUUAUAAAUUAUUACUUCAUAUUUAAAAAAUACAAACCUCUUUAAUUUUUAAGCCAAAUCUAAUGAUCUCUUUGCUAAUAUCUAAAUGAAUUAAAUAUCUAUAACUGAUACUCAAUUUGAUAAAUCUAAUUUAAUAUACACAUAAACUUAACUUGAAUAUGAUAUUGGAACAGUUACUAUUAAUAAUUUGAAUUUAAUUGCUGUUACUUUAAAUGAUAGAUCAACAAUAUUUUCAAUCUAAGGUGCUUCAUCUUUUAUAACAAAAACAGUCACAGUUAUAGAUUUAAUUCUUAAGAAUAAUUCUUAUUUUUAUUUUUCUAAUAUUAUUUAGAUAUCAGACUUAUAAUUUAAAAACACUAUGAUUUAAAAUAGUACACUCAUAACUAAUGAUGUAAAUUAUGCAAAUUCAGAUGAAUCAAUGUUAAAUGCUGCUAAAAUUUCAAUUAUUAAUUGUAAAAUAGAGAAUCUUAAAUAUACAAAUGCAUAAUCAAUUUUAAGAAUAAUUUUAUAUGAAAAGAUUAAUAAUUAGAUAUUUUAAAUUGAUUCAUUUACACUCAAUAAUAGUAUAUCAUUACUUAAUGAAAUACCAAAUUAUAUUUCAUAUGAAGAAUCAAAUAUUUAUAUAGAGUGUUAUUAAUGUAAAUUGAUUUCAGUUUAUAUUUAAAGAGGAUAUGGACUUCCUGAAAUCACAAUAUUACAUUCAUAAAAUCUAAAUAUAAAGAAUUUGUAUCUUUCUUAAUCAUCUAAUUAUUAUUCUAAAACUUUGCAUUAAUCUUUUGAGUGUGUUAAUAAUUAUGCUUAUUCUCAGAUGUUUCAUUUUCUGUAUAUUGGAUUAUACUAAAAUAUUACAAUAAAGAAUUUAUAACUUAGCAAUAGUAUUACAUAUAACAAUCCUUUUAUUAUCAUUAAAGGAUAUGACUUAAUGGAAAAAAUAUAAAAUGAAUAAAUUGAUAUAAUAGAUUCUAUUUUUGAUUCUAAUAUGCUUAUUAUCACAAAGGCCAACCGAGCUACUUCUAUCAUAUCAAUUUUAUCAGAAUAAUCAUCAUUUGUCACAUUUAGCAAUGUAAAAUUCUAUUAUAAUCAUCUUAAUCAAUAUUUUUAAGAUUUAUCAAGAUAAUCAACUUCAACAUUACUUAUUCAAUUAUAAUAAGGUAAUUUUUAUCUUGAAAAUUCUUAUUUUAAACAAAAUUUGGUUACUAAUUCCACUGAUUCUAUUUUGUAUUUAAAAGCUAUAAGCAUAGGAAUAACAAAUACGAAAUUUCAAAAAAAUAACAUCCUUUAAUUUUCUAUAAUUGGCUAUAAUAUCUUGUUACCUGAUGAUAAUAAUGAUAUUGAUGGUUAAAGUUUAAUUAAUGUUUUACCAAUUAGUUCUAAAAGUGGAAAUGGAUUAUUAAUUGCAACAUAUCUUACUUUAGAUAAAGUGAGAAUAGAUUAAUCUUUUUCUAAUUAUGGAGGAGGAUUUUAUAUUAAUACAUAAGGUAUAAGCAGUAUUAUAAUAAAAAAUUCGAAAUUCUUAAAUACAUAAACUUCAAUGAUUAGUUCUUCUUUUUCAACUGGAGGUUGUAUUUAUAUAGAUGCAUAAUUAUCAAAAUUAACAUUAAUUAUAUAAUCAACUACUUUUGACUCCUCUUUUAGUAGAUUAGAAGGAGGAGGCAUAUAUAUUAUUCCAUCUUAAUAAGAGAAUAAUAUUGAAAUGUCUAAUUUAAAUGUAAUAGAUUGUUAUUCCAUAAAAAGUUCAUUUCUAUCAUUUUCAUCAUCAAGUUUGGAUAAUAUAAAAUCAUAAAUUGAUAUUAGUGGCAUAAUAUUUGAGAAUACUUAAAAAGGAUUUAAUACUUUUAUAUCACUUUUAUAAUCUCCAACUAUUUCAGAUCUUGAUUCUAUUCGUAAUAGUAAUGCUUUGAUAUCAAUUAAAUAUGCAAGUGUAAAUAUAAACAAUUGUAGUUUUUCAUCUACCUAAUUCUCAUAUUUCUUGAACAUAGAAUCUGCCAUCAAUAUUUAUUUAUAGAAUAUUGAAAUCAUUAAUUCUACAAUUUUAUAUUCACCACUCCUCAAAUUAAGUUUAAGAUAAUGUAAAUAUUAUAUUAUUUAAAUUUAGACUAUUAUGGUAUUCUUAUAAUUAAAAAUCUUACAAUUUAAAAUGUUAUAUAAAAAUUAUAGAUUGUAGAUACUCCUUGUUUAGUAACAAGUUUCAUAAUUAAGGAACCUUUAACUUGUCCAUUAAUAUUCCCAUCUUAAAGUAAAAAUUUAUCUGAUUAUGAUACAUCAUAAAAUUAGUAAUUAUAAAUGGAAUGUAAUAAGUACCUUAUUUAUUAAAAUGUCACUUAUAAGUUCAGUCUUAUAGAAAUAGAUGAUCUUAAGGUAAGUCAUCAUUUUUAAGCAGAAAACUUAUAAUUUGAUUCUAUUCAAUGUUCUGAUUGCUAAUAUGGACUUAUUACAAUUGAAGAGAUAGAAAAGUUAGAAGUUUAAAAUAUCUUAUUUUCAAAUGUAAUUAUAAGAGAUAGUAAUUGCGGUUAAACAGGAUGUAUAUCAUUACUUCAAUAUGAAAGUAAUGCAAUAUUAAGAAGUGAUUUAUUAUCAUCUGCUACUAAUUAAAGAGUACUUUAAUAACACGAUUACUAUAAUUUAACUUACAAUUUAAAUUAUUAAGCAAAAAUAAUUAAUUCUAGAUUUAUUAAUAAUAAUGCUAUUUAUGGAGGAUCAAUCUUUAUAGUUGAAAUAACAUCUAUAUUGCAUGCCUGUUAUUUUAGAAAUAAUACAGCUAGUAUAGGAGGUGCUAUUUAUUAUUUUUCAAAGUAAGCCCAAUUAUAUAUUUUUGAUUCUUAAAUACUUGAAAAUAAAGCUAAAAUAGCUGGGGGAUUAUACUUAAAUUCUUAAUCAUUACAAACUACAACUAAACUUGAUGUUUAUUUAUCAAAUAAUAAUUCAACACUUUUUGGUUCUGAUGUUUUAGAAAAUCCUAGAUCUUUAACAAUGUCUGUUGAUGGAGGAAAAACAUUUCUAGCAAAAAAAUUGAUAUCCAAAACUUCAACAUCAUUAGUUGAAUAAAUUGUCAUUACACCUUAUAAGAUUUUAGGUUAUUCUUAAAAAGUUAAUUUUAUUAUGUUUCCAUCUGGAAGAGCCAUAGGAUCGUAUAAAUAUUUUGAUCAAUAUACAUCUCAGUAUAUUCCUUACAAUCUUACAUUUAGAAUCAUAGCUCUUAACAAAUAUAACACUUAAGAAAAGAAAUUAGAAGGAUCUACUUGCACUAUUACUCCAACCAUUAUGAAUUAUACUAGCAAAGAAAUCCUCACAGGAUUAGUUGGAAGUUUAUCAUAUACAACUGUAAAAUUUAACUAAACUUCUGGCGACUUUAAUUUAGAUGAUUUAAUUAUCUAUUUUAAUCCUACUUAUGAGGCAGAAGUUAUUAUGUAAUUAUCAAUAUUCUGUAAUAUCAUCUCAAUACCUUAAUAUGAAUCUACUCCUCCUUAUUCUAUUAAUAAUACAAUUNUAAUUAAGGAACCUUUAACUUGUCCAUUAAUAUUCCCAUCUUAAAGUAAAAAUUUAUCUGAUUAUGAUACAUCAUAAAAUUAGUAAUUAUAAAUGGAAUGUAAUAAGUACCUUAUUUAUUAAAAUGUCACUUAUAAGUUCAGUCUUAUAGAAAUAGAUGAUCUUAAGGUAAGUCAUCAUUUUUAAGCAGAAAACUUAUAAUUUGAUUCUAUUCAAUGUUCUGAUUGCUAAUAUGGACUUAUUACAAUUGAAGAGAUAGAAAAGUUAGAAGUUUAAAAUAUCUUAUUUUCAAAUGUAAUUAUAAGAGAUAGUAAUUGCGGUUAAACAGGAUGUAUAUCAUUACUUCAAUAUGAAAGUAAUGCAAUAUUAAGAAGUGAUUUAUUAUCAUCUGCUACUAAUUAAAGAGUACUUUAAUAACACGAUUACUAUAAUUUAACUUACAAUUUAAAUUAUUAAGCAAAAAUAAUUAAUUCUAGAUUUAUUAAUAAUAAUGCUAUUUAUGGAGGAUCAAUCUUUAUAGUUGAAAUAACAUCUAUAUUGCAUGCCUGUUAUUUUAGAAAUAAUACAGCUAGUAUAGGAGGUGCUAUUUAUUAUUUUUCAAAGUAAGCCCAAUUAUAUAUUUUUGAUUCUUAAAUACUUGAAAAUAAAGCUAAAAUAGCUGGGGGAUUAUACUUAAAUUCUUAAUCAUUACAAACUACAACUAAACUUGAUGUUUAUUUAUCAAAUAAUAAUUCAACACUUUUUGGUUCUGAUGUUUUAGAAAAUCCUAGAUCUUUAACAAUGUCUGUUGAUGGAGGAAAAACAUUUCUAGCAAAAAAAUUGAUAUCCAAAACUUCAACAUCAUUAGUUGAAUAAAUUGUCAUUACACCUUAUAAGAUUUUAGGUUAUUCUUAAAAAGUUAAUUUUAUUAUGUUUCCAUCUGGAAGAGCCAUAGGAUCGUAUAAAUAUUUUGAUCAAUAUACAUCUCAGUAUAUUCCUUACAAUCUUACAUUUAGAAUCAUAGCUCUUAACAAAUAUAACACUUAAGAAAAGAAAUUAGAAGGAUCUACUUGCACUAUUACUCCAACCAUUAUGAAUUAUACUAGCAAAGAAAUCCUCACAGGAUUAGUUGGAAGUUUAUCAUAUACAACUGUAAAAUUUAACUAAACUUCUGGCGACUUUAAUUUAGAUGAUUUAAUUAUCUAUUUUAAUCCUACUUAUGAGGCAGAAGUUAUUAUGUAAUUAUCAAUAUUCUGUAAUAUCAUCUCAAUACCUUAAUAUGAAUCUACUCCUCCUUAUUCUAUUAAUAAUACAAUUACAAAUUAUAAAUUAAUAAUUGAUAUAAAAACAUUAUAAUGUUAAUUAGGUGAAUAUUAAAAUGAAACAACAGGUGGUUGUAUAUUAUGUGAUACAAUAUAAAAUUAAUAUUAAGUAAAAUGGAGUGCAUAAAAUUGUAAUUAUAAAGAUGAUUAAACUAUGAAAUCUAUAGAAUCUUCUAUGAUUGAAUUAAGAUCUGGUUAUUGGAGAGCAUAUUAUUAUUCUUAAACAAUAGAAUAUUGUUAUCAUUUAAUAUAAAAUUGUUAAGGAGGAUGGAAACCAGGUGAUUAAUCAUGUAUAUAAGGACAUAUAGGUGCAUUAUGUGAAUAAUGUGAUUUAUAUAAUAUAAUUGGUUAAGGUUCAUAUUCUGUAAGUUCUAAAUAUUCAUGUGGAAAUUGUGAUUAAAUAAUAGGCAAUGUGUUAACAAUCUUUUUUAUAAGUGUCUGGACUCUUAUCUCUAUAUUAAUGUCAGUUAGCAGUACUGUUGAAAUGAUUGAAGAAUUUAUAGCAGGAUUAAGAUUAAAAGCCUUUGGGUUUACUGUGCUAAUUAAACCAGCUUCAACCGCUAUUUUUAUUAAAGUAUUCACAAAUUAUUUACAAAUCAUAUCUACUAUUGCAACAUUCUAACUUUAAGUACCUUCUGGAUUAGCCUCAAUUGUUAAUAGUGUAGGAAAUCCUAUUGAAUCUAUGGCUUAUUCAUUAGAUUGUUUUCUUAUUCAAAUUACAGACAUUGAAAUUAUUUACUUUAGAAUUAUUUGGAGUUUGCUCUUGGCCACUUCAUAUAUUAAAGCUUUUUUUAUAAUUCAGGGCAUUCAAAUAUUGACAAAAUCAAUAAAAUAUAAUACCGCUUUUGUUUCAACUGCCUUAAUUUAUGUUUUUAUUUAUUUACAACCUAAUUUGAUCGGUGGCUUAAUAUCUCUCAUUUCAUAUAGAAUCAUUUCUGAUGAAUAUUGGAUUUAGGGUAAUGUUUCUUAUAGAUAUGAUACAUAUUAACAUGCAAAAUGGUUAGUUUCAUUUUGUUUUCCUCUACUGUUAUUAUUUAGUAUUUUGAUUCCAUUAUAUUUUUGGUAUGGAGUAAGGAAAAACAGAGGUUAAUUAAAUAAGACAGCAGUUCGUUAAAAAUGGGGAUAUUUGUACAAUGAAUAUAAAAUACAUGCAUAUUAUUGGGAAACCAUUAAAAUUUUAUAAAAAGAACUAAUAAUUAUUGUACUUGCAUAUUAUGAUGAUCACAUUGCAAUAAAGGCUUCUCUUGUAUUUUUAGUAUUAUUUGGUUACAGUUUUGUAACAACAUCAUAAAAACCAUAUAUUAGUGGUGAAUUAAAUUAUUUAGAUACAUAAUCAACAAUAGUAUGUGCAGUUUCAAUUAUUUUAGGAAGUUCUAUAAAUACAGCCUAAAAAUCUAAUUUAGUGGAAAUAGUAUGGCCCUUUUAUAUUAUUAUUGGUAUUUUAAAUGCAUAUUUUAUCAUUAAAAUGUUAAUAAAAAUUUUGUUUGCUUAUUUCGAUAAAUUGCAUGAAUAAAUAGAUAAAAUUAAAGAACUAAUUAUAAAGUUUUUUCCCAAUUUAAUACAAAAACAUCCUUUUAUAAAAGAAUUAUUUGAAAGCAGAAAAAAGUAAUAAGCAAGAGUCAAAGGAAGGUUUGCCAAAAUUAAACAUCAUUUGCUACCUUAAGCAAAAUAGAUUCUAUAAUAUAAAAAGUAAAUUUAUAUAUAUAUAUAAUCUUAUAGAUAAAAUAAUUUAGAUUUACCUUGUAAAAUUAAAACAAUAUUAUCUGAAUUUGAUGAAGAUAUAAUUGAACCAAAAAGAGAAUAAAAUAAUGGGAUUAAUUUAGGUAUAAAUAGUCCCUUAUCUCCAGAAAGUAAUUAUGAUAAAGAAGCUAAUGUUGAUUCUUUAUUUAAAAAACCAUAAUCAUCUAAAGUAUACCCAGAAUUAAUUAUUAAUUAUUUGAAUUAAGAUAGUUUAAAAUCAAGUAUCCAUCAAUCUCAAAGUUGA